GGCCACUUCCUCUUUUGUUCCAGGAUUUUCUCAUGUGACAGAGUUCAAAGUGCUAUUAUUAUGCAUUUGCUUGCCUAUGCCUGUACUUCACUGUCAAAUUGGUUCAAUCUGUCUCACCAGCUUUCAGGCACAAGAAGAUUCGUAGGUAAAAAGAAGUCAUGUUUGCCCCGCUAGCCAUAGCGGGGCUCUUUUUGGCAGUGGCAGUUACCACAGCAACAGAGAGUAAGCAAUGCCAGGCACCACCGCAGUGGCAGGCAGAUGGAUCUAGUCCUCUGCAAGAAGCUCAAAAGGCAGGGAACAUUACAGUGCUUGCUUUCCUUGAUGCCAAUUGCGGAUAUUGUGUCUUGCAAGCCACUCUUCUUCAAAGGUUAAAAAGGAAACUAGAGAAAAAAAAGAUAAAAGAUGUCACUUACAUCAUUUUAAACAAGAAGACAGCCAAAGGAAUGAAAUUCAGACUGGAAAGUGCUGUUGACUUCAAAGUCUAUCAAGCAGAGAACGGUGACAUUUGGGAGAAGUUAGAUGGUCGCAGAAACGACUUUUUCAUUUUCGACAAAUGUGGCCGCUUGGCAUACUUCCUUGAUCAGUCAGCCUCGUAUCUCGGUUGGCCUCAUGUAAGACAUGCAAUUCUCUACACAUAUCAAAAUAAACACCAAUGCCAUGCAAUGUGCAAAGCAGAAAUUCAUCUCUUGCAGAAAGGGGAUCUAAAGACAAUGGGAAAGACGACAAAGGAAAAGAGAACAAAUGAUGUUUGCUAAGCAGAAACUCCUCUUGAUGCAAGCUUUACAGGCGAAGCUGAUGCUCUCGAAACAGCAGCUGAUGCAUGGCCUUGUAAAUGUAAUGCCAGUGACGCCCAACCCAUCAGACCAAACAAACUUUCUUCAAACAUUUGAAGUCACUAGAACACUAAAUCAAUUUUUUCAUAACUUCGUUGUUACAUCAACUAGCUAGCUUUCACUCUGUUUACCCUCCAACCUUUAGGGAGCAAGAAUUCACCGUAGGCCAAGUUUCAUUAUCAGUUCUCCUAGAGAAGCAAGCUCCACUACGUUUCAAGGACCUUUUUGUUUUCUUUUGGUCCCCUUAUAUUCAGAAUAGCCAAUUUCAAUGAAGAAUGUUUUGUGGUCUGUCAGGUUGGAUAAUGCUGCAUUGCUUGCAUCAACAAGGAACGAAGGAGCCAGUCACGUGUGCGCUGAAAGGUCAUGUGCUUGACGGCGAUUUCACCUGAUGGCUGUUAUGAAAGGCAGCGGUUAAAUCAAGUACACUGUUGUUUUGAUAGCUUUUCGUUCCAGUAUUUUCUUGUUUUAAUAUUUCUAUUUAGCGUUUGCUAAGUCGAUUUGACGUUUCUACCUGCAUGUAAUCCUAUAGAUCAGGUUGUGAUGAAA